UCAGACAACAGGCAGCAGUCUCCAUGCCCGGCGCCAAGUCUACGAAGAGGGCUGAGUUUGCGAAGGUGGAGCAAGCAGUCAUGGAAAUGUUGGUGCACGCGAGGGCACUGAGAAUGCCUGUCGACCGGGACGCGAUCCAGGCAUUUGGGCGCAAAGCUCGUCGUGCUCUCGAGAACGAAGCAUCUACGGACGCCGAGCGUGUGCAGUACAGCGGCUUCAACGCGUCCGAGGGGUGGGUAAAGAGCGUCGACGACGAAGCCAUCGCCGAUCGCCUCAGAGUAAUCCGCGAGACGUGCGCUCAGUAUGCCCCAGAAUGCGUCUACAACGCCGACGAAACCGGGCUGUGCUACAGGAUCCUGCCCAAGGCUACAUACCUCGCACCAUCAGAGCUCAAGAAGACCGUGCGAGGCGUGAAAGGUAUGAGAGCGAAGGAUCGAGUCACCGCCUACAUGGCUACGAGCGCCAGCGGGUGUAAGGUGCCGCCGUCUUCGAUCGGCACAGCCAAGGAGCCCCGGUGCUUCAAGAUCCGGGGCUCACCCAUCAAGUACUUCAGCCAGAAGAACGCGAGGUCGGACGCUCGAGUGUUCAAGCUGUGGUGGUCGCAAGUGUUCCUGCCACACGUGCGCUCCGUCACCAGCGAGAAGGUGAAGAUUCUUGAGCUGCCACCCAACUGCACGAGCAAGCACCAGCCCAUGGAUGCCGGGAUCAUCGCAGCCUGGAAAGUGCGGUACAGGACGAAGCUGCCGGGGAUUCGCGUCGACACGAUGACGUCGGCGGCGCAGCUACGGGAGCAGGCGAAGGAACGCAAGGUGAUUCGGGGCUGCAUGGGGCUCGCGGAAGGAGCGCAGCCUCACAUCCUGGACGCAGCUGAGCUAGGCCUCGAGGCGUGGAAGGAAGUUUUGCCGGAGACAAUCAAGAGGUGCUGGAGGAAAUGUGACAUGCUUCCUUCUGCGGUGCACGCGGACCUCGACGAGGACGUGGGAAAGAAUAUGCGCAACAAGAAGGAGAGUCUUGAAGAGUUGACGGACUUGGUGCAGCGUCUUUCUCUUGAGGCGAAGAAGACCACUGUCGAUGAAGACCUUGGCGAGGCGCUCAAGGGUCUGGGGUUGGCACCUGGCGCAACGCCAACCCGGGCUUCCACGAAAGCCGUGCAGACAUGGUUGCGUGUAGAGGAUAAAGAGGGUGUAGCGGAGGCGAUUAUUGCAGAUCUGAAGGACGAUCUUUGUGAGGAGUCGCUUGCCCACCUGAACAUGGACCAACUGAACAUAGACUCGGACGACGACGAGGCCGACUCUUCGGCGGGAGACGAGGGACAGUCAUGGCCGGGGUAG